AUGGACCUGGGCGCUGCCGCGGCGCUCUGUCUGUGGUUGCUGAGCGCCUGCCGCCCCCGGGACGGGCUGGAGGCGGCCGCGGUGCUGCGGACCCAGGGGGCCGGCCAGGGUGGGGACCCGGGAGGCGGCGUCGGCGGCAGCGGCGGAGGAGCUAGACGGGGCCCAAACGAGGCAGCCAGCGUGGCUGACAGCCCCCUCUCGCCGUCGGCAGUGGAGGCGGUGUCCAGAGUGCCGAGGCUCAGCGCGGGCUCGACGGGCGGGAAUGGCUCCUCUCAGUCCGUGGUCCCGCACCAGUUCAUGCUGUCCCUCUAUCGGAGUCUGUCCACGAGGGCGCUCGCUCCUGGAGGGGUUCCGGCCCCUGCCUUCGCCACCACCUCCGCGGGCAACCGACGGGCUCUCGCUGACACUGUAACCGGCUUCGCUGACCAGGCGCCUUCAGACGAUGCCUCGGCCGAGACAGGCCAGCGUUUCCUCUUCGACGUCUCCAGAUUGGCAGACACUGACGAAAUAGUGGCUGCGGAGCUUCGGGUCCUGCGUCGAGCGCGAGCAGCCCAGGAAGAUCAGCUGGCCAAGCAGGAGGAGGCGGCCCUGGGGAAGUUCGGGGAGGCCCUGGGAGCGCAGCCCUUCGCUCUGCUCCUGCUUUCCACUUGCUCUGGCGCAGCCCGUGGGCCUCGGCUUCUGGCCUCUAGGCCCGCCAGUCCCCUGGACUCGGCGCGUUGGGAAGUUUUUGACGUGGCGGACGCUGUGAGGCAGCACCGGCCGGAGCGGCCCCUUUGCCUUGUGCUGCGCGCCGUGGGAGGCUCCUCUAGGAGCUCAUUGGCUCCCAGGCUGCUGGACUUGGGGCUAUCCGGUAGCCCGCGUCCGCCGCCCAACGAAAGGGCCCUGCUUGUGGUUUUCUCGCGCGCCCACAGGAAAGAGAACCUUUUCCAGGAGCUGCGGGCCAAGGGCAGAGCCCGGGGGCAGCCAGGGGCGGCGCCCUCCGCGGGGCGCAGGAAGCGACGGACUCCGGGAGCUGGGACCGCGGUCGGGGCCAGGGUGGCGGGAGGGGUUGGGAGCCCUGGAGGGGGCAGCGGGAACCCGGGCCCGGGGCGGGCCUCCGGGCGCAAGGGCCGAAGCCGUUGCAGCCGCAAACCUCUGCAUGUGGAUUUCAAGGAGCUGGGUUGGGACGACUGGAUCAUCGCUCCGCUGGACUACGAGGCUUACCAUUGCGAGGGAGUGUGUGACUUCCCGCUGCGCUCGCACCUGGAGCCCACCAACCACGCUAUCAUCCAGACCCUCAUGAACUCCAUGGCGCCCGAGGCCACGCCACCCAGUUGCUGUGUGCCCGCCAAGCUCAGCCCCAUCAGCAUACUGUACAUCGACGCGGGUAACAACGUCGUCUACAAACAGUACGAGGACAUGGUGGUGGAGACGUGCGGCUGCAGGUAG